AGCGCCUCAGGCGGGGAGCGGCUCGGAGGCGGGAGGGCCGGGUGAGCCCGGAGGAGGAGGGCGCGGCUGCGGGCGGCUGUCGGUGCGCGGCUCUUGCGGCCUCUCCGGGGUGGUACCUGGCGAGGGCGAGAGGCUCAAGAUGUCGAGGAACUUCUCUGACACUGGCAGCAGAAAAGAACAUGUUAAAAUCACAAGUGAGUCCAAACCAGGGUUCCUGGAGAGGCUCAGUGAGACUUCUGGAGGCAUGUUGAUGGGACUCGUGACAUUUCUUCUGUCUUUCUACCUUCUUUUUACCAAUGAAGGACGAGCUUUAAGGACAGCUAAAUCUCUUGAUGAGGGACUUUCUCUUGUGAUCCCUCUUGAUAGCAUCCACAGUGUGUCUCAGCAGAAUGAAGGGAGAUUGGUGCACUUAGCUGGCGCUCUGACUACAUCUAAGCCUUUGUUUGAUCCCAGCUAUGGGCUCUCCAUCCAGGCUGUCAAACUUAAGCGUAAUGUGGAAAUGUACCAAUGGGUUGAAUAUGAAGAGUCAACUGAAUAUGAAGAGAAUGGUGAGAUUAAGAAAGAGACAAAGUAUUCAUACAAUACUGAGUGGAAAUCGGAAGUUGUGAACAGCAGAAACUUUGAUCGAGAAAUUGGACACAAAAACCCUAGUGCCAUGGCUGUGGAGUCUUUCACUGCUGUUUCUCCUAACGUCCAGGUUGGCAGCUUUGUUCUUUCCAAGGGUCUUGUGGAUAAAAUUGAUGACUUCAAGCAGUUGAGCUUGUCAAACCUUGAGGAUCCACAUGCUGAUGUUACCCGAGGAGGAGAUUACUUUUACCACAGCGAGAACCCCAGGCGUCCAGAAGUAGGAGACCUUCGUGUCUCAUUCUUCUAUGCAGGUCUGAGUGGAGAUGACCCCUAUUUGGGCUCUGCUGAUAAGGUGACUGUGAUUGCUCGCCAGCGAGGCGAUCAACUGGUUCCAUAUCAUACCAAGUCUGGAGAUGUCCUGCAGAUUCUGUACCCUGGGGAACUCUCUGUGGAGGAAGUGUUUCAGAAAGAGCAUGAGAGUAACACCAUGAAGACCUGGGCCCUCCGUGCAGCAGGUUGGCUGACAAUGUUUGUAGGCAUCAGCCUAAUGACCCGAAUCUUUUACACUUUGGUGGACUGGUUUCCUGUUGUGAGAGAUCUGGUUAACAUUGGAUUAAAAGCAUUUGCCUUCUGCGUAGCCAGUUCACUGUCACUCCUGACCAUCUCCGUUGGCUGGCUCUUCUACCGCCCGCUCUGGGCUUUGCUGAUCGGGUUGCUCUCUGUAGUUCCCAUCGUGGUUGCGAAAUCUCGUGUUCCACCAAAGAAGCAGCAGUGAGAAGGAGGUGGUUGGGGUUUGCACUGAAUGCUGGUUAGAAACUUCUCAAGUGCAUUUCUGUCCCGGUUACUGCAGAAUGCUUACAGCAUAUCACAGUUCAGCAGGGUGCACCAAGAGUUGGGGAGGGGGCUUGAAUGUGGUAGUUGAUACAUGUUAUCCAUGAAAAAUAUGACUAUAGCAUGCUGUUUGUAGGAAGUCAAUGACAUCGACUUUGGGGAAAAAGCAUUUUGGAGUGUCUGUACUGAUGAUAAGUUAGUGAACAAGCAGAUUUGUACCUCUGACCACUUACUAAUUCCCCCUGAUGUGAGAACUGGCAAGUGCUCGCUGGCAGGUGGGGCAUCUUGUGUAUUAUAGAGAAAGUGCCGGCUUCAUCACAUGGACUGUGAUUAGAUAUCCUUAGGAAAUACGUGUAUGUACCUGCCUCUGACAAACCCUCCCUCUGCUGCCUUUUCUUAUAUACACAGUCACGCACCCUUCUUUGGCUGAUGCAUUUGGAAGUGUAUGUGUUCAAAGGAAAAACUCAACUUAGUCAAAUUUCACACAAUACUUAGGUAAAGUGUAUGCUUUUGGACUGAGUUUCAAAGUAACUUGAAAUAAGAGUGGCCAGGUUAGCAGUGCUCUGAGGUAGGGCAGAUUUGUAAGAAAGCAUUGAUUUCCCCCAACUUUUAAAAAAUCUCUGAACUUGUUCUUGGUUAAGCAUCCAAAAUGGUAGCGUGGACUAUACCAUUGCAUUAACUAUUUCAAAAAUUUAACUUCAAAUUGCACUUACUUAAGGGGAUACUCAGAGGUCACUAACCUUUAAAAAUAAAACCUGCUGCCUUGAAACAAAACUAAUUUUUAUAAUUGAAUGUAUAUUCUUUAUUUGGGUUUUUUUUGCUGUGUAUACUGUUUCUUUCUUGAAUUUCACUUAGUAAGGACAAUGAACGUACUCUGUGAAAUUAAAUAAUGAAAACAUUUUUGCCUGAUUAUAGUUCAUAGACUUUAGUAGCCUAAAUUUUCAGCUUUAUAUUGUUAGAGGAAUGCCUUCUUUUAGUGUUGUGAUGGCUCACGUUUACGUAUUUCUGCUGUAAGCAGUACUUGAGAUUAGAGACUAUCUCGUACUGUUUUUAAGUCUCUCUCCAUCUAGCUAAAGUCUGGCUUCCAGAUGUGCCCUCCCUACACAGUGUGGGUUUUUUUCUGUAAGUAUACACAAUUCAGUACAAAAAUAAUGUCUUCAUUUAUGAAAUCCAGCUAUGACCAUCAGGGGUGUUCCCCGUACCAAAGGAACUUAACUUGAACAUAGAUAGAAGCAAAUGUUUGCUACAAGUGGUACUGAAAGAGAGAUCUGAGUUAAAUUUUUUGAGAAGUAGUAAUUACUUUAUUAGCCUUAAUUCUUUUCAUUCUUCUGGUAUUUGAAUGCUGUCAAUUCAGUCUCAUGGCUUGGUUUUGCUGGUAAAAGAAGUAGUAGUGAGUGAAAGAUUAUAGGAAGAGCAAGUGGUCUCAUGCGUGCAGCUGACAUGCGUUAGCAAUACUGCGCAGUCUUCCUGCUGCUCAGUAACACCAACUUUUGCUCCAUGAAUAAAGAAUUGCACUCCACUGGGGAGAAAAACAGGUGUUGGACUGCUGUUUUACCAAUGAUGCAGGAAACUAACCAGCAUUACGGUAUUAGAGAUGAAGAUACAAUUUUCUACAGAAGUGCUGAGCUUUUGUAUAUUUAAUAAAACACAAUUUUCAAAA